AUGGGUCUCUACCCCAUCGACGAACCUACACAAGUCCCCAACAUAUCUUCUGAAGUCGUUUGUCGAAUUCUCAACCAGCAUUAUGGUAUCGCGAAUGGUUACUCAAUUUUUGCUGUCUCAAGAUUCAAACUGAAAAUCUCAGCGACUCUCACCAAGUUCUCCGGUUAUGAAGACUGCAAUUAUCGUGUGAGUGAAAUCACUUGGAAGGAAGAUAGGAUUGGACCGAGGCAGGAAUGUUUGGUGGUGAAGAUCACGAAUCCGAUCGAAGCGCGGCUUUCCUCUCAUUUGGGUCGACACAAGGAAAUGGAAUGAUGAAACUAGGAGUUUCAGAUGUUCAAAUCGAAUUCUGUCGGGUUCUGAGUGAGAUUGGAAUACCAGUACCUGAACUGGUUCAAACCGUUGAUCAACAGCCGUAUGUUUAUGUUGAAGUGGCACCAAAUAGUAAGUAUAUCUUUAAUUAAGCGGAAAAGUAUCAAUAAGAAUCAAAAAAAGCAAACUUUCCAGCGACUUUACCUAUAAGAGUGUUCGAACUGCUAGAAGGAAGUCACCUGGAAGAUUUUGAUUUCGAUAAACCCCUCGUCAAAAUGUUGGGAGAGCUGCUGGCCAAGAUACACUCUGCCGCAGAUGCAAAUAAAUGUCUGUUUUUUUUAAAAUUGUAUCAGUUUGAAUACUUUUUCAGUGUCAUCGGACCACGUUCCCUUCAUUUCACCUCUAAAUCAUGUCUCCCUUUUGAAAGAAGCGCAACUCCUCAAAAAGAAUGGAAAUAUCAACGACGAACAGUUCAAACUGGUUCAAGAAAGUCUACAAGAAGCAGUUGAAAUCAUUGAAAAAUCCAAGGAUAUCGGUCAGAAAUUAAAUAAUUUUUCCCCAAUCAGAAUAAAAUUUACAGGAGUUAUUCAUUCUGACCUCAACGAGACGAAUGUCCUGCUCAGAAACAACGGAAAAAGUGGGGUAGAAGUGAGUUCCCUAAAGUGAAAAACUACAGAAUCUCAUUUAUUUUUCAGAUUACCGGCGUUCUUGAUAUGGGUGAUAUGCACACGGCGCCGCGUGUUUUCGAUAUUGGGGCGACUAUUUUGUACCUAAUUUUAAGCGAUCGGAAAAAAUCACCGUGAGUUUCCAAAAAUGAAUGAAAAGAGUAAAGAAGCUUCAGAUGGAGUGGGAUUAUCGAGAAUUUACUUCAUGGAUAUCGUAGCAAGAGAGAGUUCAAAGAAGGAAAUUAUUUGCUAUCGGCGAUGAAAAGUCGACUCGCUGCUUCUUUGACCUACGGGCUGAGGUGCGCUUUCCAAGUUCCUCUCACUAGUCAGACGUUUCUGGGCAAUUCUAGUGGCCCCUUUAGUAGCGUCAGACCUCGCCCAAGAACGUCCGAAGCACGUCCGUCUCCAAGCAAAAAGAAAAAAAUUAAGAACGGCAAGAUUGAACGUGCGUGGGGAGAGCGUCGACUACAUCCUCAAGACCCAAAUCAACGGUUGGACUGUUCUGAAGGUUUCUAUCUUCACAAAACCGUUUAACUCAUAAUUUUCAGGAAUUGACAAAACUGGACAGAGAGCAGUUCAAAUAG